GAAGCGGGGCUGCUGUCACAACGUGCCUCGGCUGUAGCCUUUAGCAAUGACUUCUAACAUUGCUCUACCUCGGUGACAGUAAAGUCAGUGUCUGUAUUGCUUAGUUAAAUACACUAUCGAGGGCAAUGGGGUUGCCGCAGAGCUCGUUUUUGUCGGACGGGGGAACCCACACUGGAUAUCAUGUCCACGGGGUUCAAGAGGACUCGCCAGCUCUGAGGGCUGGUCUGGAGCCCUUCUUUGACUUCAUUCUCUCCAUCGGGAAUACACGACUUAGUAAAGAAAGUGACUUGCUGAAAGAUCUUCUAAAAGCCAAUGUGGAGAAAGCAGUGAAACUUGAAGUGUACAACUCUAAAACACAGCGGGUGAAGGAACUGGAGGUGAUACCCAGUAACAUGUGGGGUGGUCAGGGUCUACUGGGCGCCAGCGUCCGCUUCUGCAGCUUCGAAGGAGCCAAUGAGAACGUUUGGCACGUCCUGGAUGUGGAAACCAAUUCUCCUGCAGCGUUGGCCGGCCUUAUUGCUCACGAUGACUUCAUUGUAGGAGCUGACCAGGUGUUGCAAGAUUCAGAGGAUUUCUUUUCUUUAAUUGAAGCCUGUGAGGGGAAACCUCUGAAGCUGCUGGUGUACAACACACAGACUGACCAAUGCAGAGAGGUAGUGGUGACUCCGAAUGGAGCAUGGGGAGGAGGGGGAAGCUUAGGCUGUGGCAUUGGCUAUGGCUACUUGCACAGAAUCCCAACUCGUGCAGCUCAGCCUCAAUCCACUGUGAUCGACAACAGUGAAGUGCUGGUUGCAAGCGACCACACUGAGGUGCCUUCCGUGGAUGCAUGUAGCCACUCUAUCGUCAGUGAAAUAGAUUUGAGUCAAAUCGAAGGAGCUGUGCAGGACAUGCGUGUGCCCUCGUCUACUCGGCCAGCUGUGGACUUGGAUAUUUCCAACAUACCCAAAGCAGUGACUCCAGACUUUUCAGACACGGUUUCCACCAGUGACAUGGGCCAGAGCUCCAUGUUUGCUAAUUAUGGAGACGACUCUGGGGAUCAGUGUAGCUUUGAUACCUCAUCUGUUGACCAAAGACCUUCAUCCCCAGAGAGGGAAGAGGAAUCAGACAUCCAGGAGUCUGAGCAGGAGGAUGUAAUUGACCGGAUCACUAACACUUCCCUGAGCAGAGAGACUGCAGAUGACCUCGCAGGCCUUGAAAUCACCACAGAGAACCCGAGUGACGCGAGUAUCCCAGAGGUGCAAAAUAGUAGUUCUGAGCCCUCAGGCUCAGUGAAUAUGAUGGAGGAAGAGACGGCUGAGCCUGCUGCCGCGUCAGACAGUUAGGAGGACCAGAGUAUAAGAAACCUGUUCAACUCAUAACUGAUGCUCGUUGCAUUAGAGGGGAUUUAGAGCACAUUAGGAUACAGAACGCUUCCUUUAUGAUUGUAAGUUGCAUCAAUGGAACUAUCUUUUCAUUUCCAAGAGUUUAUUUAUAUCCAGGUAGCAUUGCUGCAUGCUGAAUUGCACAUUUUAGAGAGAUGGUAUGUUGACAGGAAAGAAGGUUAAUACAAGAUGAAUGUACUCUUUAAUUUAGGCAAACUGUCUCAACAUCAAGCAGGAUGAAGCCUUAGUUGCUGUUUAAAAUCGUCGUAGUUUGCACUAAAACAACAAAGGUGAAUAAUAUAUGACUAUAAAGUCAUUUUUGUCUGGUUGCUCUCACCUGCUGAAGUAGUUUGAAACACUGUUAGAAAAAGAAAGUUUGAGCUGGAGUUCACACAGAUUCAUCAUGUGGUUUUAUUUGGGGUGGAGGUUUUUUAAUUUUUGAGUUUGAGAUGAGUACGUGUGAACAGAUUCUUUUAAUCUCAGGCAUUUAACAUUUAAGCCACUUUGCCUUGCGUCUCAUUUUAAAGAAUCUGCCUUUCUUAUGUGUAGGUUUGACUGUUGACUGGUGUAAAUGAGUGAGCCGUGUUUGAUGCAGCUCUCUCAUUGUUUUCUGUUUCUUCUCUUUAUACAGAUUUUAAUUAAAUUAUGUUUCUGAUUUUUAUGGAUGGACAAAACUAUUCAAUUAUUUAUAAAAAAUGGAUAUGCUCAAGAUUAACCUGCGGUAGUCUGAUUUAUUUAUUUUUACUCUGCUAGAUGUUUGCAUAAUUAGAAUGAUUAAGUCUCAGCUUUUAGUGUAGUUUAACCACUGAAGAGAGGAUAAAGCAACAGCUCAUACAUAUCGCAUAGUAGGAUAUAUAGACGUAUAUUCACUCUAUAAAAAUACAAAUAAAAGUUGAUGUUACUUCCUGCUUUGAGACAGCAGGUGUCAGCAAACACCUCAUUAUAGAUCCCGACCAGGAAAGCUUCAAUUUUCUGCCAUUGCAGCUUCAAAAUUGCUGUCAAAUUCUCAGUGGUCUGUAUCGUAUUAGGAAUAAUGAAUGGAGACAUGAAGCUGUACUAUGUUUCUGCAAAAAUCUCAUCUCCUCUAUGAACUCUUCAGGGAUCUGUUUGUCCGAUCUAUAGCAGAACAGAAGCAGCUUGCAUUAGUGAGGGAAACUUGACAGCACUGAUGCCUCACAGACCCGGUGACAUGAUGCAUCAUUUGUACCAUUCAUAUCUUCCAAUGCUGCAUAGGUUCAGCUUUGGCAAUACGUAUGUUACCUGCUGGAAAAGCCCUCUUCAAAAUGUAAUCGGAAGCAAAAAUAAUUCUGAAUUGGUAAUGAUGGUUCUCUUGUUCAUGAUGUAAAGACCUAUGUUUUCAUUUUAUUUAGCUUUUCUUUAUCUCACCCCCUGAGGAUGCUUGUGUUCUUACAUGCAUGCAGCACCAACCAUUAAUUAUAACAUACACACACAUUACAAAUCAUCCUCAAUAUCUCUAUUUGUAUCCUUUGUAAUUCUAUAUCAGAAUAACCAAAUAUUAGUGAGAUGCAGGAAAGCUACAGUAAUAGAGGGGGAAUACCCCUCAAUUAUUUAACGGGCCCCUCCUCAGUUGGAAGAUGGAGGGGGGAGGGGGGGGAUGGGCAUUAAAGGAGAGAAGACUGUGUGGGAAGAAAGGCGAGAGGGAGAUGCGUUUGUCUUCAUCCAGCAGAGUGAGUGGUGUUCUUAUGAAGCCUUCCUCUGAAACACCUGUAUGUGUGUCAAACGCAGGACUAUAUUUCUGAGAUGAAUAUGUGAGCAGCUCAGUAGCUGUAACUCUGCCUACACACUGACAUGUAAUAGUAGCAAUGAAAAAUAAUGCCUCAAGCUUCUCAAAUCAACAGUACACAGCUUUUUCUUCUUUUUUUUACGCUGUUUCAUUGCAUUGCCUCCAUGUUAUAUUUGCAACGUGAAGAUAGCUUUAUUUGAGGAAGCAGCCUGAGGCAAAAGCCAGCAGCUGUGUGCCGGGGGAAGUCGAGAGGUGAAGUAUAAAGGGGCCCACCUCUGGAGGAACAUGCUUCGCCUUCAUUUUCUCCCUUUUCUGCGACUGUUUCAAAGGACACUGUGACGCAGAUGAACCCACUUGUCAGCUGAGCUUUAUCUCAACCCCUGAGAGGCUCGGCUCACAGGCACCGGAAUAGUGCCCGAUGCCUCAGCCCGUCGUUACAGCAUGACGAAUUGUGAAGAGAAAUAACUAGGAGAAAGAAGGGAGGGGGGUGCAUGGAUGGAGGGAAAUGAUGAGGUAUAGAGAGAGAAAAAACGAGCGAAUAAUUGUUUCUACCACAGUGGACACGCGUCUCCACUUAAAAGGACAUCUUGCCUUUUUAUCCUCUGACUGAUGUGAAUAUGCAGGGUUGACACUUGAAACGGUUAAAUUGGCAUACUCAAGUGAAAUUAUAUUAAAUAUGGCAAUUCACAGACCCCGUAAACAGCCAUUUGCUGGUUCAUAUAUGUGGGCACAAAGCCCCACCACACUUACAAACUUCUAUUUUCUGUUUAUGCCACAGUCCCACCCUAAUUACAGAUAUUUUCAUGCAAUGUAGCCUAUAUUUGGAAGUGCUGGCAGCUGUAUUUUAAUACAAAUGCCAUGCAGUGUUCCUCACAGUGUGCACAGCAGAGCCUGGGAAUAAUCUCUGUGACUGCCGUCUAUUGCACCACCAAUGUUCAGGUCGUUAUAUUAAUUUAUGCAUGGGGGACUAUAAUUCUGUGGAGCCUGAAUAUAUUAGGUUGUUUUCAUCUCCUACAGUCAUUAUCAGCUGGCUAUAUGUUGGCUGCUAUUUGUGCAGAAAGCAGUAACAACUGGCCAAUUAUGGUUUUUUUUCUGAUGAGGACACUCAGGAAAACACUAUUGAUGAAGUACAGCUGAGGCUGAUGAGAAUUCCAUUGGUUUUGCAAGUAUUAGGUCAUAAAACAAAGUAUUUGACAAAAUUGAGAUCUGAUGAUUGCACUCCAUGAAAAGUUAGGGGAUCAACUCGGUUAUUACUCUUCAUCCACAGCUGGACACGAAUGUACCGAAUUUCAUGGCAACCCAUCCAACAGUUGUCGAGACAUUUCAAUCAAAACCACAGACUUCAACAUCAUGAUGGCUAAAUAUAGGAUACAUUGUCUGGGAACCAUUAACAUCUAUAAAAACUAUUGUCUAUCCAUUAGUUAGAUAUUGACAUUUCCACUGGAUAAGAUUAGCUUUUGACCUGUUGCUGGAGCUAGAUGUGAGUCAGGGAAUCAAAGUCAAUAGGAUUCAUCCUCUGGGCACCAUGGGUGUGUGUAAAAUAUUUAAUGUCAAUCCAUCCAAUAGUCGUUGAGGUAUUUCAGUCUGGAAAGUGGUGGACCGACUAACCAACCUUUCCAUCCCAUGUGUGGUUAAAUAGACUUCCAAAAACAUCCAGUAUGAUUAUUUUAUCUAAAAGCAGCUGUCUCGCAAUUCUCAGCUGCAUCCCCGUCUGUGAUUGUUGUCACCUCUCACUCCCUAACACAUUUCCCCUGCCUUAAGCAGCAACAUUGCUAAAAGUAAAUCUUAAAUCUUGUACAAUUUGUGCUGGUUUCCUGGUGACAACAGAUCAAGAGAUAAAGCAAAUAGGAUGCAGCAGCCAAUAAGGCGGUUAGGAGGGUACCCUGCUUUAUUUCAAAUACUAAUUGCCAUUCAGUAGGGGUGAGGAUCAGGCCACACAAGACAGCACACAUUGUUCUACUGUCAGGAUGACCCUGCUGAUGUCAAAUCUGCCCCCAUCUGCUACUGUGGCUCCAAGUGUCUUAACCCAAAAAUAAUGACUUCACUAUUAUGCAUGCCAUAUUUUUGUCACUGCUUUAAAAACCACCACGGUGUGCAAUUUGUCAAAAUCAAGUUGCUUCUUCAAUUAUCAUCCAAUGUCUUUCAGAUGCUUUUCUUAAAGCUGGGGUAGGCAGUUUACUUUUGAAAUCAUUCUGAAAAAAAAUUCUGAAAAUGCAACCCUUAUCGUGCAGCUUUCCUCCAGCUGUGACGCCACUCACACCAGACGAACGUGGGGAUAUGCACACGCUUCAUACAGUAACCCGUACGGGUACUAGUAGUCCGUCAUGUCAAACAUCAUCCCGAUCGUGAUUGUGAUCCUGAUGCCCUUAUAUGGUGGCAAUUGAGAAUUACCACCCUGUUUUCUUUGCAAACGUGUGGGCCUGUAAAGCCAUUUGAGAUGACAUACUGCGAUUCAAGAUUUCAGUGAGCUGCAAUAUCAUCAGUUGGGGCUGCACAGCUCGGCUACAGUUAGCUGAAGGCUAAACUAUUUGAGGGUUGGAGAGAAAAUGUUGCUAAUAGUUUACCCUUCUGCUAAACGUAGCCGUUAGCUGCCGUAAGCUAGCCGCACCCGUGAACCUUUAAGAAAAUGAGAAAUAUUGCUCCUUUAUUACCAUUGCAGGACUGCUACUUUCAUCCUGGCAGAGCAAAAACUACAAAUAAACGGUUUUGUUUUGACAACUUUUCCUACCAAGUGCUCAAAAAAUAUAAAGCAGCUGCAGUUUCGUCGAGCUGGCAGACGUUUUUUUACUCCGAAUUUUCUCACUUUUUUCUCUCCCUGAUCAGGAAGCCCUUUUGUUCUGUUGAGAGGCAGAUGAGACAGCGGGGUAAAGGUUUGGCUCAGCCUCUCAUAGUGAAUAUGAGUGGAUGGGGGAACACAACUCGGUACGUUCCCUUCUGUUCUUCUGUGUCUGUGACACAUUGGAUGUGACAUCGCCACCACUACCCAGGCUUGGUUUUGACCCGAUAGGGAGCUGUCUCUUGGUGUUAACCAUCAACCCACGGGGAAAUGCAUGCUUGGCUUUGGCCCUCCUCCGUCAUCAUAUAGGAACAUGCGCACAAUGUUGCAUGCAAUUCGCUAAAGGAAAAAUAUUGUUUGGGAUUAGCCUGACUCUCAGAAACACUGGGGUAAUGUUUUUGUCAUCUGGAAACGAUUAGUGUCAUUGUUAGGCGAGGAUUUGAAACUGUAGCACGACACAGUGUAGGUGGUUUGCAGUUUACAAACAACGCAGCUGCAGACAUAUUAUUAUGCUCUCUUAUUUCCAAAAAUCCUAGUUGUGAUGUCAGCGUUCCACAGCACAUCCAACCAAAUCAAUUCUUCAUAAUGGCAAUAUCAUGUUCACAAUGCAUUCUGGGCCCGAUUGUCCUUUGUUGAUGAAUAAAAACCUCAGUCACAUGAUUUAUCAUCCACUUACACAAACAGCCCCAGCUCACUUAUUUCCAAUUGUGGCUCCUUCAAUCAUCCUUGGCUCUGCUCUGCAUGUGCAUGUGUUCAUAAACAGAUGAUGAUGUCUGAAUUUGACAGCGCAAUGUGUGCAGCUUGCGUCACUGUCGGGCCAGAAAAGGCACUGAUCUACCUGAUGAUAGGUCUGAAGAGGUGUGUUUCUGCAGGGUGGUGCUGUCCGUGUGGUGGAGGGGAAUGAACUGCGUCUGCUUUUCAGAGCAAAAUGGAGGCACCGUCUCGUGGGAAGAGAGGGAGACGGGGAUACAAAAAACAGAUUAAAAAUGUAAAACAUUAUUUAGUCGAGCUGUUGGACGUGUGCAAGUACGUCAAUACUCUUAAUUCGUUUGAGCAUUGUAUCUAAGUAUAUGGCACCAUAACUGAAAAUAUGUGAUUUUGAUGGAUACUCUAACAAGAUUUUCUGCUCUGUUCAGUCAGCUACACAGGAUCAAAAAGCAGAAUAUAUCAACAAAAAACAAUUCUGAGUGAUAAAUAACUAAUGUGAAUAUCUGUAGGCAAGCGAUGCUUAUGUAAGCAUCUAAAGGUUGAUAGAGGUAGCUUUUGCUGCGGCUCUGUGCACACAUUAUUAUGACAAAACCUGAGCCCCCAGACAUGGAGAGUCUUAACAAUCAGGCAGAGUUGGUAGGGGAUGAAAAUUGCAGGGAAGCACACAAGAGAGCCAAUGAAAACAAUGACCACAAUGACAGUAACUCGGUGGAAAAUGUUGUGUGUGUGGGUGAAAUAUGCAAUGCAUGUGUAUUAAAGUGAAAAAGUGCUGUUAUCAGGUCAGGCCAGAACCACAUUCACCAACAACAGCUGAGCUGCACAAACACCUCCCUUUGAGAAUGCCUUUUUUCUGUAAUUACUUUGCAGAGCGUGACGGGAAAGAAAAUGGCCACUGUGCUUUUCUCCUGCUGUGUGAAAGCCUUACGCUCCUCUUCUUCCUGCUUUUAAAUAGUUAAGAGCUCUCCAAUUCUGCCUUCAUCCACAUUACUAAUGCACCCUUAAAAGCUCCAUGAAAUCAGGGGCCAUUUGUUACGCAACCCAUUAAAUUAAUAUUAGAGUUUACGUGAACAGCCAUCAGUUGAAGUUAGCAAUGUAUCAUAAUUAUAGUAAUUCUAUGAAUGGGCAGGCGUCGCAUUGGCAGAUUGGCAUAAUUCAGCUUUGUGUGUCUAUAGGGACAAGAGGAGGUGAUGUCUGUCUUUGUACAAAGCCAACACAUGAAAUGAAGACUAUAUUUACAGAGUGAGAGGCAAACAGAGAAUGGCAGGUGGGUCCAGGCCACCGCCUCCACCUGUGGCUGCAAUUACUGUGAUAAAUGAAGAUCAGAACACUCAGGUGACUCAGGCUGAGCCGGCUGAUCACUCAUCUGGUGGUGAGUCAUCAGCGGCUCCUACUGUCAACACCUGCCCAUCACAUUCAAGAGUUGGAGAGCGCAUUGAGUGUGUGCAUGCAUCUGGAUGUGUGUUUGUGUGCGUGCAUGUGUGUGUGUGUUUGUGGAGGGGCUUUCAAAGUGCUGAUGGCAACUUUCCACUGUGGUCAUCUCGCGUCCUCUGACAAUGUGACUGGGUCUCUUCAGUGUUCCAGCUCUGCCGGCAGACACACGUGUCACACAAGCAUGUAGAUGAAGGCACAAGGCACGAGAAGGAGUGCCUCACUGAUGCAGAUGGUAAUUUCUCCUCAGUACAUUGUGUUCCCUGCAUGCACUUCACCUCUGUGGACAAGGCAUUAUCACAUAUGAUACAGUUGUAAUAACGGCAAAGAGGUUAAUUAAUGUCUUCGCAUUAACCAAGUCGCUCUCUGUCAUAUUAAUUAGUCUUAGGAAAGUUGCAUAAGCACAUCUUGAUUAUGUAAAACUAAAAAAGAAAAAAAGUAUGUGUGUUUGAUUCGAGUAGUUUCCAUUAAGUGCAGCUUUCCAGUGCAAAAGCACUAUAAUAAUACUAUUUUUCUCGUGGAAACUGUUUUUUUAUAUCUCCAACAGACCAACACGUGUGGUUUAAUUGAUUGCAUUGUCUCUGUCCCUAUGGCAACUGGAAAUCACAUGAAGGAGAUAAUUACAGGGUGCUGCAAAAUGUCUGAACAUUCAUGAGAUUGUCUCUUUCUUACCUCAUAUUGAUUUUGCAAUUGAUUUUUGAGGGACCAGCUAUACAAAGAUUUAGCUUCUAAGUGCUCAGUGUUCUUAAAUGUCGCUGGGGUAAAAGGCAGGGUUGAAUUUAAAGGUGUCCUGCUGUGCAGGGAGCUAAGGUUCAAAGGUUGUUGUUUCUUUCCACGUAGCACCAUAAUGUAGCUCAUCGUGUAGGCGUCACUCCACCAAUGUGGCCUGAAGUUAACAAGCUGGCAGCUGCUGAUUCUUCUCAUCCUUUCCAUUGCCAUUUCCCCAGCCCCUAGAUUCCCAUCGUGACAUUUCAGGCAGCAUGCAACUGCAGUAAGAGAUGUGGAGAGAAAAUCUCCACUCGUGUUCAGCUUUUAAUGUACGUAUAAUCUUCUGCUGCAGUCACAGCUAUACGUGAUAUGUUCAUACCUCUGGCAGACACCAUCUGUUUGAUUUGAGAAUAUAUUGAGACAGUGUGGUACACAACAAAUUUACAUUUAAAAAAAUAAGGAGUGAAUUAAGAAAAAUCAGCGUUCCUCUGUCUUGGAGCUUCAGAAGAUCCUUUUAUUCUUUCUUCAAAAAUAACAAAUCUGUUAAAUUAUCCCUAUAUGUAAAUUCAGAGAUCACAGUUAAAGUAACAUAUCAUCAAAAUGCAGCUUUCAAGCUUGACCCCACAAAAACAUGAAUAAUGGAUACACGUAGUGUAUAACCCGCAACACAGUAUCCAACUUUAUGUGCUGCUUUAUUAAAAAUACAUAGUGUUACAUUACUAAUCCCAUCCGUGACCACAUUUGUGGUGACCUCUCCUUCCCCUCGCUGCUGAUCCCUUGAUAACCUCUAAGAACUGCAAGCACUCAAUUGAUCGAAAAGGCAAAGUAGGAUCUAUGCAGUAAGUAAUGGCCUCUGGCAGUUUGCUGUCUUACGUCUGCAUGUUCCUCAGCAGUGGGGCGAUUUUGGUUAAGAAGUGAACAGGAUGAGGAUGCAUCAAACCGUAUGAGAUUAUAAAUGGAGCAUGAGCAGCUGGAUGUGGACUCAGGGGUCUCGAAAGCUUCCAAAAGGGUGUGCAAGAAACUCAACAUUGAUGUGUGACUGCUGAAUAAAAAAUACAAAACCCUAGCUUUUUUCCCAGUGUCUUAUCUUAUGACUUCCUUCUUGGGAAAUUGUUUAACUUAAGUCUAUUUUGAGUUUGUUUCUAUACAAAGAGUUAGAUGAGAAUAAUGCUACCACGCUCGUAUCUAAACGCUAAAGGGCUGGCUAAGCAGGUUAGCUUAAUUUAGCACAAAGGCUGGAAACAGCUAAAGUAGCUGUGACAUAGUGAGCUAGCAUUGUCCAAGUAUCUUUUUGAUAUAUGUCUCAAAAGAAAUUGUUCAAUUUUUUUUGUUGCCAAUACUUUAACGAGAAGAUCAACAUUAGUCUCAUCUGUGGCCAGCAACCCGUUAGCUUAGCUUAGCAUAAUGACUGGAAACAGGGGGAAACAGCUACUGUAGGCUGGCUCUGAAAGUAACACAAUCUGCCUACCAGCACCUCUGAAGCUCAUUUAAUGACAUAUUGUCUGUUAAAUCUGUAAAACCACAAUUUGUGCA